UUUUGACAACAAACUACAUUCUCGCUGCUUCUAAACUCUCUCACGGCAACAUGGCAAAGCUACCUGUGAAGUACUAUGUGGUGGACGCGUUCAUUGACUCAGCUUUCAAGGGAAACCCAGCAGCGGUGUGUUUAUUAGAGGAACAGAGAGAUGAGAAAUGGUUACAAGCUGUGGCAGCUGAGUUCAACAUCGCCGAGACUUGUUACUUGACUCAGCUAUCUGGGUCCGACUCUCUUGACUCGUCCAAUCCUAGGUUCCGUCUCAGAUGGUUCACUCCUGUUGCUGAGGUCUCACUUAUUAAUUUCACUUCCACUCUUAGAAAAACCAAAAUUUUAAAAAUGUUUCAAAGUGCUACCUUUUGAGUUUUAAUAUUUGCCUUUGUGGGUGUUCUUAGUUUAUCUUAUUAUAUUUUAAUUUUAGAUCAUUAGAAUAAUAUUUAAAAUUUUUAAAUUGGGUGCUUCCUAUUAGCUUUUAGAUCAUGUAGUAGUUGAUCCUGUUUUGCAAUUGGAAAAUGGUAAUGAUAUUGACGUGCAGAUGAAUGAGAUUGUUGC